CUGGCACCCUUUCAUGGCCCACUCUGCUUCCCUUUUGCAGGAUGCUCCACAUCUGGACUGGGAUACUGGUCCUGGCACUGCUGUCCAGGGAUGGAGAGGCCCAGAGCUGCAAGCCAGGGGUGCAAGAAGUUGUUCCCAACCUGGCCAAAGGCCGCCCGGCCUUCCAGUCCUCCACCUAUGAGUACACGAAAAGCCUUGCGGCAGACAAAGCUGUGGACGGGAACUGCCACGGGCAUCUGGACCACGUUGGCUCCUGCACCCACACCAAUGGCGACCUGGAGCCCUGGUGGUACGUUGACUUGGGAGACCACUAUGCCAUCUUCGCUGUGGUUGUGAAAAACCGUGAGGAAUGCUGCGGGGAGAGAUUGCGGGGAGCCGAGAUCCAUGUGGGAGAUUCCGUGGCAGAGAACGGCAAGUUCAACCCCCUAUGUGGCACCGUCAUGGACACCAGCCUGGGCUCCAUCAGCACCGUCCGCUGCCAUGGGCUCAGGGGACGCUACGUGACGGUCAUCAUCCCCGGUCGGUCUGAGGCCCUGACCCUCUGCGAGGUGGAGGUCUAUGGGAUGAAGGUGGAGGAGAUGUGCCGCUGACCACUACCCCUGGCAUCUGUAGACUCAAAGGAAUGAGACCUUGCCAAUGAACACCUUUCCUUAAGCAAAAGGCCUUUUCUCUUUGAGGUGUUGCAUUGCUUUACCUGAACUGGUUUAUUUUAAAAGAGCUUUUAUCUUUUUAACAAUGGCAUUUUAUUCUUUUAUGGUGUGAUUUGUUUUACUGCCAGAAUAGUUUUAUUCUCAGUAAGUUUUUAAUUGUGUUGUUCUUUUAAACUGUGAGCUAAAGUUUUCCUUCCUUAUCCACAGAUCCUUUAUCCACAGAUUCAACCUUCCAUGGGUUGAAUGAAUAUAUAUAUAUAUAUAUAUAUAUAUAUAUAUAUAUAUAUUCCAAAAAGCAAACCUUGAUUUUGCGAUUCUGUAUAAGGGACACCAUUUUACUAUGCCAUUGUAUUCAUUAUUUUGGUACCUAUGGGUAGCAAACCCUUGCAGAUACUAAGGGCUUUCCGGGGGGGGAGCAGGAAAAUAAUAAUAAUAAUAAUAAUAAUAAUAAUAAUAAUAAUAAUGUGAAGUUGAAGGAUUUCACGGCCAGAAUCCAUAGUUUUUUGUGGGUUUUUCAGGCUUUGUGACUGUGU